ACGGUCAUGCAGCUGGCUGCGUCGUUCUGCAGGAUCUCCGUCACCCCGUUGGAGAGGCGCUCGUACUUCAGCUUGGGCUCCUCCUCGCUGUCCUCCUCCUGGUGGAGGAAACCAGUCUCUCACUACAGACAUCGUGGACAUGGUGGCUAAAUGAACCCCUCAGAUAAUGGUCGACUCCCACGAUGCUCCGUCACUCUGCUGACAGUUGCUUGCCAGAGUCCAGAUGAAUGCCAAAGGUAUGAUUUGCCUCUUCUUUAUUGAGAUUGUCUCACACCCCCAUCUUGCCUCAUCCAUCCUCGGGAGAAUCCUAAUGCACUGAUACCAAGGGGGAAUAAUUUUUUUUUUUUCUUUACAAUCUGCUUAGCAAUGAUUUAUUGAUUGCGGCUUCCACCCUCACAGAGAAUUACCGAUCCUUUUUGGGAAAUAAGAUUUUCACACCUUUCAUGAGUGUGUAUGUGGCGCGGGUCUCCAGAGACAGUGUGAGGGGGAAACUGACUUUGAGGAGCAGCGGUGUGUGAAUCUCUGUGGUGUCACUCCUCUGCUGCCAGAGCUAUGUCCAAUGGACGGCCCUGUGAGCCUCUGCCUCUCUACACAUCACUCUAUAGUUUUGCAUUAUUUAUCGGUUGAUAAAUACAGUGUCCUCGCUUGAUUUCAAUAUUUUUCGUUUGCUUUCAAACCAUCGAAACAAACAGCGCGCGCACUUUAGUAUCAUAAGCAUGCAAGAGCCCCUCUAAGGUUUCAUAGACAAAAAAGGAAAAUAAUAAAAAAACAACCCUUGCCCUCAUAGGAGGAGUUAGAUUAGUGCACCGAAAGCUUUGAUGCUCCAGAAUGUCAGCGCGGUGGAUCGAUCCGGCAAAAAAACACACACACACCUGACCAAUCAGAGGCGCCUGUCUGUUGUGGACCUGCUGGGCACCGUGGUUUACAAGCUUCAAAGAGCUCCUUUUAAUACACUGCUUUGAUAGCCCUCAGCCUUCGCUGACCCACCAACUAUCCACUGGGGAGCGUUUUCAUGGAGUAAAGAGGGAUAACUGUUGAUCAUAUUAAUGAGCAAAGGGGGGAAAAAAAAAAAUCAGGCCAAGUUCAUUUGACUACUUACCGACCCGCUCCUCAACAGUCUCUGCACAGAUUCUACGAACAGGGCAUUGCAAAGUCUUUAUUUGCAUAAGUAAAUCUUAGAAAUGAUUGACAAUAUUUGUAGACUUUUGCUUGUGAAGAUGGUUAAAUUGUCAGCGAAGAACUCAGAGUGGACUCACCAGCUGAGAGGCAGACAGUUUGGUUAAUAACCCUAAGGGGGAGACAAAUCUUCAUCUAAAUCACAUUAAGCAUCCUUCACUUGGGAUGUUUGCUCCCUGAGCACAUCAACAGAAAAUAAACACAUAUUAAAACAUUCAUUAAUAUCAUUUAUUACUCUGAAGUUAUUGAUUACUGUUGGUUUCUGUGAACUGUUGUAUUUUUGUAAUUAAAAUGUUGUUUCUGUUAAUUGUUUAUUUCAUUUAGAAAAAAAAAACAAAUAAAACAGAACUUCUUAACAGUAAUUCUAAACCAUUAUGUUUGGUUUAAUUCAAAUAAUUAAUUUCUCACUUUUGUUCAAAUUAUUCCUGGGAAAUUAAAACAGAAAUCAAGAGAUUUUAUGAUCAAAAUCAGACUCUGAAUAGAUAAAAUUCACAUGCAUUUUUUUGCCAGUUUGUGCUCAUUAUAGUCUUUACCUUAUAUACUAUUAAAAAAAUGGAAAAAAAAUAGGAAACAGUUGAAAAACAAAUGAACUCAGGACAGUUUUUAAUUGAAAAUGCUGAAUCUCUUAGACUUGUAGUAACAUUUUACAAUAAAGAUGUUUUUGUUGAUUUCAGUCCAAACUGCUUAAAGACAUUUCCUGUUUGAAAAAGUCGAUUAACUUGACAAAACAGAUACAUGGCGUGAUAUGAGCCUUAAAGUGAAAUUCGGUCUUUUAUGAACCAUUUAGAGCUCUGCAGACUUGACUGAUGCGGUUCAGGUCUGCUGGUCUGCUGAGACUUUAUUUUACGCAAACACAGGUAUGAGUAUACACAUGGCUGGUAUGCAGAGGCGGUCCUGAAGCUCAUAAGCAGUGUCUUCAUUCUAUUACCCGACGUUUAUUCAGAGCAGGUUGUCAGUCUGUGGUGUUUGCUCAGUGGGAAACCUGAGGACACUUGAAAAGCUUCCGCAUGCCAAAAAAAUAAAGCAAAAACACUUUUGGAAUGUACAGUUGUUCUAUGUACUCAUUUUCCACUGGCAUAAAAAUAAAAACAACUGUAGAAUAUCACACUAACCACACCUAAAAAGAGAAAAACAAAUACCGAAAAACCACAAAAAUAAAAGUAAAAUCCCAAAAGUUGAGUUGUUGUCGGGCUUUCAUGCACUAGAAAUGUUUUUUUUUUUUUUUUCUUAAUCUGGUAUUCAUUUUCUCAAUAGCUCCCGCUUCAUCUCAUUUUUCCCUGAAAUAUUGUAAAAUAAUAGAAAGCAGAUGUGUUCACUUUGCUUGUUUUUAUGCACCUAUCAGUCAUCAAGCCAAAGACAUUCAAGCUGCUGUCGUGUACAACAAAGAAAAGGCUCAAACAAUUACAUCUGAAACCAGUAAACGUUUGCUGGCUUUGUUUAGCUAAAAAAGAUCAAUCAACCAGCAAAACCGGUGCUGAUUGACUAAUUGAUUAACUCACUUACCAGCUCUGCUGCUCUGCCUCCCCACUCAGCCUCUCCUCUGCUCCUCUCCUGAUUCUCUUUAUCCACCAACAGCAGCUAUUCGCUGGAUUUUCAUACGUUAUUAUCGGUAAAAGCCAUGCAUCAUUUAAUGAUAUUAAAGAACAACAAAGAAUAUAGAUUUUUUUUUCUUUUUCAGUGUGUGCAUAGAUUUUUGCAGACAGAGGAUAAAAAGCAGCUUUAUUUUAGCUGCACAUUAUCCACGCAUCAGUUUAAAUAUGAUAAAAUCAUAUGAAUUCAGAUAGAAUGAGUUGAAUUUGUCUUGUUUAUUAACCUGGAGUGUCUUGAGUGUUUCAGUAAAGCCGCUCAUCCAGAGUGUUUCACCCGAGGACAGCACGGCCGAGACCUCCAGCUCUUUUCAUGGAUACCUGACACUCGGGACUGUCUGCUCGCCGCCGGUUCUCCAGCCACCAGGGAUAUUUCACAAGAGCUCCGCCACAGGAUCCGAUGAUCACGGGGCAGCUGAGCAAGCCGCUGCUCUCCCUGCGCAGCGACAUGAGCGCGGCGGAACUCCGGGCGGACGACAAAGCGGCCACCCCAGACAGCGAUCUGAACGACGAGCCCCUGCUCCUGCCCUCCGAGGCCACGGACAGGGAGGGCACUCCCAGCAAGCUGUACGGAGCUCGAGACGGGUCGGUCCAGUCUGACGCCAGCAGCAGCCCCUCUGAGCAGAGCCAGCUGGGUCAGUCCCACCCGGGAUACCCCAUGGGUCCACAGUCUCUCCUUGUGGCCCAGCAGCUGGCCAACGCGGUGGGCGGCGUGAUGUCCGGGGCGGCGCCGGGCAUGAACCAGCCCAUCCUCAUCCCCUUCAACGCCGGCGGCCACCUGGGCGGGCAGCAGGGCCUGGUGCUCUCCCUCCCCACCGCCAACAUCCAGAGCCUGGUGGCGGCUGCUGCGGCGGGGGGCAUCAUGACGCUCCCCCUCCAGAACCUGCAAGCUACCUCAUCGCUGAACUCCCAGCUCCAACACCUGCAGCAGCUCCAACAGAUGCAGCAGCACCACCAGCAGCAACAGCAGCAGCAGCAGCAGCAGCAGCACCAUCACCAACAGACCCACGCCCAGAACCAGCUGCCCUCCCAGCACCACAUGACACCGCCCAGCCAACAGCAGACCUCCAUCCCGUCUCCGGGCUCCACUUGUUCCUCCACCUCCGGACAGCCGCAGCAGUCGCCGCCUCAUCGGCCCAACCAGUCACCAGCCCGCAGCCUCCCUUCGCCCGUCACUCCGCCCAUGCCUUUGCCGCUGAAUCCUCUGGCCAGCCAGGCGGCGGUGGCGGCGGCGGCGGCCAUGGGUUCCAUCGCGGGGUCUCAGGUGUUCGGCAACACCCUGUCGAACCUGCAGGGCGCCACCGGGCAGCUGGUCACCAACGCACAAGGACAGAUAAUUGGAACAAUCCCACUGAUGCCCAACUCUGCAGGGCCCUCCAGCCAAUCAGGGGGUGGCAACCCAGCACUGCAGGUACAGCCAAUUACACCUCAGCUUCUGACCAACGCUCAAGGCCAGAUCAUCGCCACGGUGAUCGGCAAUCAGAUCCUGCCUGUCAUCAACACCCAGGGAAUCACGCUGUCACCAAUCAAGCCUGGACAGCAGCUGCCUCAGGCUCAGCAGGGUCAGACGGGCCCUGCAUCGUCUCAGCCCAACCUGCUCCACAUGCCCCACAGACAGAGUCCUCUCCACCAGGCCUCCUCCUCCUCCUCCACCUCCUCCUCCUCUUCGGCGCUCAGCGUGGGGCAGCUGGUCAGCAACCCGCAGACCGCCCCCAGCGAGGUGGACGGGGUCAACCUGGAGGAGAUCCGUGAAUUCGCCAAAGCAUUCAAGAUCCGCCGGCUCUCGCUGGGCCUGACGCAGACCCAGGUGGGCCAGGCGCUCAGCGCCGCCGAGGGGCCGGCGUACAGCCAGUCCGCCAUCUGCAGACACACCAUCCUGAGAAGCCACUUUUUCCUACCACAGGAAGCCCAAGAGAACACUAUAGGUAACAGUCUGACAGGCAAACUGAACCCUGGCCUUUUAUAUCCUGCCAGGUUUGAGAAGUUGGACAUCACCCCUAAAAGCGCCCAGAAGAUUAAGCCGGUUCUGGAGCGCUGGAUGGCCGAGGCUGAAGCCCGCCACCGAUCCGGCAUGCAGAACCUGACUGAGUUUAUCGGCAGCGAGCCUUCGAAAAAGCGCAAGCGGAGGACCUCUUUCACCCCGCAGGCGCUCGAGAUCCUCAACAGCCACUUUGAGAAGAACACACACCCUUCCGGUCAGGAAAUGACGGAAAUAGCCGAGAAGCUGAACUAUGACAGGGAGGUGGUGCGCGUCUGGUUCUGCAACAAGCGGCAGGCCUUGAAAAACACGAUAAAGCGCUUGAAACAGCCCGAACUGGGAGCGGCCGCGCCGAUGGACCCGCUCACCGACUCUCUAGAGGAGCUCCCGAAAUAAAGCGGCCGUCCGACCGAGCCGGCGCGGCGGCCAUUAAACACGAGGAAGGGCGGAAAGAUCUCCUCCCCCGGCGGGGAACUGGAACCGGCUCCCGAGCGGACGGACAGUCACGAGUCUGCAAAAACAAAAAAACUAUGUGUUUGUCAGUGUGAUUACCACAGUUCUGUAAAUGACCUUGGCGAAAACCAAAAACAUGAAAAAAGAGAUUAAUAUCUGAGCAUUAUGUUAAAAAGAGAAGACAAAAAAAAAAAAGAAGAAGAAGAAGAAGAAGAAGAAGAAGAAAAAUUAACCUACAGUGUGCUGUUUCAAAGAGUUUUAGAUUCUGGCCCGAACGGCCAGACUGUCGCCCAAAUUUUGGUUCCCACCAGGAGGGAUUUAGUAAAGAGAUCAUACCAAAUCAAAACACUAUUUACCAAAGUCUGUUGCAUCUGAGUACUAAGAAUAAUUUUGUAAUGUAAAUGUGCUCUAAAUUUUUACAUUUGUACUGGCAAAAAUCUAAGCUAUAUGUGUGAGGUUGAGUAUACAUUUUAUCUUUGUCUCGCUUACUUUUUUCCUUCAUUGUUUGUAUGUAAAUAUCUAAAACGGAAAAAGAAGAGAAAAAAAAAAACGCCGUCUUCGAAUUGAAAUCACUUUGAAAAGAACAAAAAAAAAAAGAAAGAACCUUUGCUGUUUAAAAAAAAAAAAAAAAAACGAUUGCAUAAAUAAUGUUGUUUGCCUCCGAUUUGUGUUUCUUCUGCAGAUAUUUUCAGUCACGGUGUAACUUUGUACAACUUUUACAGGUAUUUAUUAAUGAUUUAAUGAGAUUGUUAACCGAGGAUGGAGAUGACACUGAAGACAGAUGAGGAUGAUGAAGAUGGGGGUGGGGUUUCGGGGGGUGGGGUGGGGGGGGGGGGGGGUUCGGUGUCGGUCGACUCUACCUGCAGCUUUGUUCGGAGCUACUGUGUCAUUCUGUUGCCAAAGCCUGAUAGCCAAAGAACACACACACUUCAGCUCAAGGACUGGGGAAGAUGUUACCUUUUUUAUUAUUGUUAUUAUUGUUAUUAUUAUUUAUUUCUCACAGCUUUCUCUUCCUCCUCCCCUCUUCAUCACGUCAUCCAGCUGCAGCACAGUCUACGUUCGUCUCGUUACAACAUAGAGGAAAAAAAAACAGGUUUUUCUUUGCAGCAGAUUCGCCUCGGCAUGCGUCAACGUUUCCCCAAUCUGACUUUUUACAAUACGAUGAAAAGUGAUUUUGUUUGAUUGGUUUUUAAUCCUUUUUUAUUUUGGAAAUGAACACGAUGUGGUUGAAGCGUUUCUGUCGGAACUGACCAAACUCCUGAGAUCAAUCCAGUCCAGCUCUUUUUAUAACAUGUCACAUUAAACAUGCUUUCCUGCAAAGACCGCUGUUAAACUCUGCAUUUCUUUCAUGCGAAGUGGGCGUUAUUGAUGUCACCAUCGGCAGUAUUUACCGGGAAACUUGUUGGUUUUUUUUAGCUCCUAUGUUGAGAAAAGUGUGUUUUACUUGGUCCACUUUUUUUUUGUGUGUGCAUCUUUCAAUCUUUUUUUUUAUUUUUGGCUUGACGCGUCCGAGACCGUCACUGCAGAUAUUUGGCCGGAACAAACCCCCCCCCCCCUCACAGGAAGAGGAGGAGGAGAACGAGGUGAACGCUGAGAAUAAGUGUCACAUGUCAGAACGAGUCGACUUAAUUUGAAGUGAGCCAAAAUUUGAUGCAAGUUAUUCAGAAUCAUGUGUCCGCUCCGCGCACGUCCUUCCAUGUCACAUUGGUUAUCUCAGAACUCGGAGCACUCCCACCCCUGCUCGUGCGCUCCCUCCACACACACUCUGAUGUUUGGAAAAAAAAAAAAAAAAAAAAAAAAACGUGGAAAAGCUUUACACACAUCUGUGCUUUAAGACCAAAUCAGCAGGAAAAGGGAAACGCAAACGUGGAGGGUUUUUUCCUUUCUUUUAGUUUUUUUUAUUUAAAGGCCACGUGCACGUCCACAGGAAGUCACUGCAUUAACACCUGCACAUCCUGUGUGUUCUUAUUUCUGAAAACAACUCUUGAGGCGAAUCCCCCCCCCCCCCCCGUCCGCCCCCCGGCCGAGAAAUACGACACGUCUGCUCAGAUGAACGUCUGAGGACGACGCAGCAGUGGAUCAGUUCUGAGGCGUAACAAUAAAGCUGUAACCAAAACCAAAACACACACACACACACACACACGAAACGAAAUGAAAACACAGGAAGGAGUUCUGCCUUCGCUCGACUUUCCAAUGCUGGACCAAAGCUCUAUCGUUAUGCACAUUGUACAGAGAAAUAGAUCCGUGGUGUUGACAAUCUU